UUCUGCUAAUUCAUUUGAUUGGAAAAAAGUGCCAAAUGCUUCCUUUCCUGAUUUUGGCGUACGUCGUAGCCAUCAAGGUAUACAAGAAGACUACUCCAAAUGGGAAGGUCACGGUUUACCUUGGUAAAAGGGACUUCAUUGAUCACCUGGAAAGUGUAGACCCUAUUGAUGGCAUUGUUGUUAUUGAAAAUGAUUAUCUUCAGGGACGAAAGGUUUAUGGACAGGUGACAACUACAUUCCGCUAUGGCCGCGAAGAAGACGAGGUCAUGGGUGUCAAAUUCAGCAAGGAACUUGUCAUAUGUCGCGAGCAGAUAGUGCCAAUGAAGAAAGAAAAACAGGAUAUGACACCCGUCCAAGAACGUCUUCUAAAGAGGCUCGGAGAAAACGCAUAUCCUUUCUUAUUCCAGUUCCCACAGAACUCCCCCAGUUCUGUUACACUACAACCCGGAGAUGAUGAUCAAGGAAAACCAUUGGGAGUUGAAUAUACUAUCAGGAUAUACGUGGGUGAACACGAAGAAGACAAGGGCCACAAAAGGUCGUCUGUAGCAUUGGCAAUAAAAAAAUUGCAAUAUGCUCCACCUACAAGGGGACGUAAACUACCUAGCUCUCUAGUCUCCAAAGGAUUUACCUUUUCUCAGGGCAAAUUAAAUCUUGAAGUUACACUUGACAGGGAAAUUUACUAUCAUGGUGAAAAAGUAGCUGCGAACGUUAUAGUUACCAACAACUCUCGGAAAGCAGUGAAAAAUAUUAAGCUGUUUGUAGCACAGCACUGCGAGGUGACAAUGGUCAAUACUCAAUUCUCUCGACAUGUGGCUAGUUUAGAAACACGUGAAGGUUGUCCAAUUACACCCGGUGCAUCUUUUACAAAGCAGUUUUACCUUGUACCAUUGGCCAGCAGCAACAAGGAUCGACGUGGCAUUGCUCUUGACGGACAUCUAAAAGAUGAUGAUGUCAAUCUUGCAUCUUCAACUAUGGUUGCUGAUGGUAAAACUCCGAGUGAUGCUAUGGGUAUUGUUAUCUCUUACUCUGUGAGAGUGAAGUUGAACUGCGGCACUUUAGGUGGUGAAUUGGUUACGGACGUUCCAUUUAAGUUGAUGCAUCCUGCUCCAGGAGCUGCAGAAAAAGAGCGGGCUACUUUGAAGAAAAACAAGAGUGUAGACAGAACACGCUAUGAGAACUCUUGUUAUUCUAACGACGAUGAUGAUAAUAUCGUAUUCGAAGAUUUUGCUCGUCUGCGUCUGAAUGAACCGGAAUAAACCAUCUUCAAGGAGGAAAUUAUUUACGUCAAAAGAAUCAUAGAUUUAUUAUACUUUAUAUUUAUUUCUGAAUGCAAUAGAAUUGUAUUAAGUAGUAAAAAUACAACAUAAUGUAUAUAUGUAGGAUUCAUCAUUUCUACGAUUCUUUUGAUGUAAAUUAUAUUGAAGAAUUAACGGAAGAAGGUACAGAAAGUAAAAAGAUUACAAUAUCGAUAAAUGUGCGCAGCGACACAUGGAAGUAAAUAAAUAUUAAUCUAAGAGAAAAUGUGACAGAAAUACAAAAAAAGCGGAAAGUGUCGUAAAAAAAUGUAUAUUGUCUUAAAAUUUCUAUCCGAUGGUGGUGGUCGGUUAGAAAUUGGCAUAAAGACAAACAAAAAAAAUAAUUCCAAGUAAGCUUAAUAAAUACUUUAUAUUUGGCUAAGUUUAAAACUUUCCCGUUUUACCAGAAGUGACAUGUAUGCUACUAAUUUUGGUUUAUUAUGAUUAUAACGUGUCUGUAAAUGUUCAUUUAUUACAAACUGAUGCCAUUGUUGAGUUAUAAUCUAUAUGUUAGA